UAUUGUUAUAUAUUUAUUUGGCAUGCAUUUUGUAAAGUAAAUAUACAAAGAAUAACUAUAAGAUAUAAUAAAUAUGUGACAUUUUAUGUAAAACAUAUUGUUAUAUAUUUGAGAUAGUAUUUGAUAAAGCAAAUAUAGAAGUAAUAAAUAUGACACAAAUAUGUAUUUUAUGUAAAAUGCUUAUUACAUUAUAUACAAUAUAUACUUUGUAAAACAAAUAUAUGAGUGAUAACUAUCAGAUAAAUAUAUGAAGUAUUUUAUAUAAAACAUAUAUUAUUAUAUGUAUUUGUAGAGCAAAGAGAUAAAUAACAAAUGUAAAAGACAUAGAAAUAUAUGACAUAAAACACCUAAGGGGGGAGUUUUGGGGAAAAAGAGAACAAAUUCACUGUUGGGCAAGUGGAGGGUGAGAUGUCGCUAAGACAUCCAGUUCAAGAUGACCAACAGAGGUUGGAGAUGCCUGACUAGGUCAGGAGGGAGGUGAGAGACAUGCCGGAGACAUUCCAGGCUAAAGGAAAGCUUUGCUCUUUCCCCGUUUUCUCCUUCUGUUACCUGUACAAUCUGCUGUUUGGUUAUUCAAAUACUGUUCAGUAAACUGACUUUUGCCUCAACCCAGAAUUAAGUUGCUCUUGUUGUUCAGUCAUUUUCAGUUGUGUCCAACUCUGUGACCCCAUUUGGGUUUUUUGGCAGAGACACUGGAAAGGUUCACUAUUUCCUUUUCCGGUUCAUUUUACAGGUGAGGAAACUGAGGCAACUAGGAUUAAAUGACUUGCCCAGGGUCACUCAGCCAGGAAGUGUCUCAGGCCAAACAUGACCUCAGGAAGAGAAGCCACAUUAAGCUGAGAGAAACAUCAAAGUAAGGUUGGGCCAGGCCGGGAAUUCAGUUUCUGCCCCGGGCCAGGCCUUUAAGCAAACUGUUUAGGACAUGGCAGCACCUCGGCUGGGAUGGGUUCUGGAAGAUGUUUGGGCCCUGCUCACACGUGGAUGGGCCCCGGGAGCCAUGCGGGAUGGGCCAGCUUCUCAGAGGCUCUCCAGAAAGUCCGGGCACAAGAAGAGCUUUGGGGGGCAGAUCCAGCAGAGCCAGCGUCCGUCCUCCUGAGGGGCUAGAGAGCAGGACGGCCCUUGGACCCGUAGGAGAGAGGCUGGUGUGCUGAGCUAAGCUACAGAGAGAAGGCACUGAGAGGGAGGGCUACCGAGAGAGGCACCUUGUAGGAGGUGGGAUUUCAGGGGAGGGGGGACAGAGACCCGCCUCCCCUCCCCCCAGGCUUAGGAUUUUAAAAAAUGUACUUUGCAUCUUAGAAUCCACACUAUGAAUCACUUCCAAGGCAGAAGAGAGGUCAGGGCUAGGCAGGGAGGUUAAGUGACUUGCCCAGGGUCUCCCAGCUGGGAAGUGUCUGUGGCCAAACUGGAACCCAGGUCCUCCCAUCUCCAGGCCUGGCUCUUGGUCCACGGUGCCACCCAGCGGCUCCCCGCCCAGGCUUUUCUUUAGAGACACCCUAGAUUUCACUCUGGCUCUCGGUAGCCCACUUUACAAAUGGGGGACCUAGAGAAGAGAGGCCUGCUAGUAGCAGGAGGCGGUGCCCAGCUAGGACGCCAGGAGCAGGGUAGCACGGGUCACGUGGGAGGCUUCAGCCUGCAGCCUGGAGAGGGCGUCCUCUGACCCUGGGGAGCCAGCCUAGGACGGAAAGCAGGAAGGAAGAGUCACUCUUCCAGAAAUUGGUAAAAGGACUCAAAAGACCCCGCCCCCGGAGGUGACCUCGCCCCCGUCUCCAGUCUCAGCAGCCCCACCCCCACGGCCAGACAACGACUUUUCAAAGCUCUCAGGACCCCGCCCCGUGGCCUGCUUGGGUGCGUGCUCGUGCGCAAGCUCCUGCUCGCGUCCGACACCGCGCCGUGCAUGCGCGCUGACAUUUGGAUCAACAUCCUGGUCUGUUGGGUCUUUUGAGAUCUUGACUCCUCCAGGACAAAGCCUCUGCCACCAUGGUCCAUGCAUUCCUGAUCCACACCCUGAGUGGCAGUGGCCAGGCCACUGGGGAUGCCACCUUCUGCCGCGUGCUGUACUCGCAAGUGUUUGGCUCAGAGAGAUUGCCGGAUGAGCCCGGGCCUCGCGGGCCAGAGAGGGACAGGCUGCUCAGGAAGGAGCAGCUCUUGGCUGUGGCAAGACAGGCAGAGACGGCAUGUAAGCUGCUGCAGCAGGCGUCAGGCCGGCCUCCCACAGACCUCCUGCCCCAGUCCUCUGAUGAGCCCAUCCCCCUCCAGGAUGCCCCCUCAGGUGUCUUCCGCCUUCGCCCCGGGGACCCCUUCCAGGAAGCCAAGGUUGUGGUAUGGCUCAGGCUCCUGUCCCUGGGCUGUGCCUUGGUGUGCGAGCCCCACGAGAACCUGCUGCUGGCCGAGAGCACCCUGCGCCUGCUCACCCGCCUUCUGCUGGAGCACCUGAAGCUGCUGUCCUCGGGCAGCAAUGUGCUCCUCCGAGGGGACCGCAUUGAGGCCAUCCUCAACCACUUCCUCCCCCAGGGCCAGUUGCUCUUUCUCAAUGACCAGUUUGUCCAGGCAUUGGAGAAGGAGCUGAGCACCAGCCUGGCCAGAUGAAGAAGGCCCAGCCUGGGCUCUCCUGCUGCCCUCCCUCAGCAGCAGAAUCUGAACUGCUGAAGCUGGUGUCGCCCCAAGUCCCCAUGAGAUCCGACCUCUCUGUCUGGUUUGUCACAACAGUGUUGGCAUGGCAAAUCUUCAGUACGGUGAGGUAGGGAAUCAAACUGGUCACAGGCAAAAAUAACAGUCAUACUGUAGAUCCGACACUAAUGGUGACACUAAGUCAGUUCAACAACAUGAGGGAAUUGUAUCAGGGGUUAAUCUAAACCAGACAAAAUGGGAAAUGACACUGCUUCAGACAAGGGCUCUGAUAAGGACUGUAAUAAGGAUAAGGACACCACAACUACUCUAACCAUUGGGCUCUGCACAGACAAAACCAGCACAGAACCUAUACACACCGAGGGGGCUGCAGGAGCACAAAAUAUCCUGCCUUUACAAGAUUUUGCUAAACUAAAUGCAGAUUCAGGGGUGGUCCUCGUGAAAAUCCAUAAAUCGUUCUGAGGAAUGGACCUGGAGGCAUUAUGCAAAAGAAUGCCUUGCUUUUACAUUGAGCCAUUAUGUUGUUAAGGAGAUGAAACGUGCCUUCAAACUUUAUGAGCCACAUAUUGAAGAUACAUAGAUCCUUUUAAAGGAAUUAUUUACCCUUCAAGAACCAGCCCAAUUUCUUAGAAAAACCAGGGAGGAUCCAAAACUUAUGAGCUGGCCGGAAUUUUAUGGGGACAUGAAAUUUUCUAAUCCCCAGAAUUUAACUUAUUUGAAAAAAGCAAGCGAAGACCUUUUAGAGGUGAUAAAAUCCUUCUGUGUCCACCCAAAUGCAUGGGGAAAAUUUAAAAGGAUUAGACAACCCAAAGAACACCCUUCUAUCUUUCUAGAUAGGCUAUUAGAAAAUGCAGAGGUGUAAUAUUGUGGAGGAGAGAAAAUAGGAAAAGUCUGCAGCAGAGCUGGAGAAGCUAGUACUGCAGAACCUGUCAAUCAAGAUGGACAUUCUAAAUAGAAUGGGGACCAGGAAGGACCAUUGAAAAAGGAAGAGGCAAACUGAAAAACUUGGUCUCUUGCCCUUGGGACAGAAAGGAGGAAGGACAAAAGUCCUGUUCUCUGGUUUCUCUGUACUAUACUACAGUGACUGAAUCUUCAAAGCUAUUGACCAUUUUCCCAUAUCUGAACUCUAUUCCAUCAUCCUCCAACUUGGGAAUUGUUUUAGUAUUAGGGAAACCUCAAACCCUCUCUCCCUUCAACUUCUUACCUUUCCCCUUCUCCCAAAUAAAACCCCUUACUCAAACUUAGAAAUGAGAGAGAGUACUUUGUUUGGUAUACCAAGAUACUCACUUUAAGCUGACUUCAGUGCUACCAACAGAAGAAUCAACUAAGGGGGGGGGGGGAGGGAAGAGGGAGGUAGGACAGGGAGGAAAGAGGGAGGAGAUUGGCAGAUCUGAUCUUGAAAUUAUCAUCUCCCACUUAAAAUAAUCCCCUAAUACAAAGGCCAUAUUAGGAUUCCCCCAAGAUAGUGAGCAAAUGACACAAUACAUGAAAAGGCAAUUAUUAAAAGGAUGUUGCAACACAA